UUGCCAUUAAUGAGACAAUUAAGCAUUAAUGCUGAAUGUUUAUACAAUUUUAAGUGACGGAAGGAUUUAAUCAAAAGAGGGAAACAGAAGUAGACUUCAGCGGCAGAUACGCUCAGGAUGAAAAGAAAACGCAUAUUUCAGUCGACGGAUGAACGAAAAAGUACAAAAUCUUGUGAAAAAGAUAUUUUUAUUGACAGAAGAAUUUGGACUAAGGCAGAGACCAGAGCAUUUUUGAAUGCGUAUAUUUCUAGAAAGGAUGAAUUUCGGAAUGUACGGCAAAAAAAAUUUGCUAUGCAGAAUGUUUUGUCUGAUUUAAAGAGUCAAGGUGUUUUGUACCAGACUACAACGGUGGAUAUGCUCUCAACAAAACUUAGAAACUUGGUUAAAGCAUACAGGCAAAGUACUGGCAGCAUCAAACGAAAGUUUGCUGUUCCCUGUAUAGCUCCGUUUAUGGAUUUGAUGGAUGAAAUAUUUUCCAAUAAUGCACGUGUAUCCAAGACCCGCUCCAUUAUGUCUGGACAACCGCCUAACAAUACCAUCUCAUUAAAUGAAAUGGAUCAAACAAAUUUCCAUCUGGGAGCAGAAUCGGAAGAAACCCAUUUCCGAGAAAAGCAAAUUUUUAGUAACAGGAGAAUAUGGACCAGCGAAGAGAUCGAAGCAUUUUUAAAUGCCUAUAUUUCCAGGAAGGAGGAAUUUCGAAAUAAACGUAAAAAGAAGUUUGCAAUGCAGAAUGUGCUACAUGACUUGGAAAUACAAGGUGUUUUGAGCCAGCCUACAACGGUAAAAACACUCUCAACGAAGUUGAAAAAUUUGAUCAGAGCUUACAAGUAUGGUAUCGACAAUAACAGUCGGACAAAUUCUUCUUGUGAAACUCCGUACGCAGCUUGGAUGAAAGAAAUUUUUGCAGAUGAUCCAAAUAUCUCCAUAAACAUCCCCUGCAAUUUGUAUGAGCAAUCAACGAGUAAUACGCCCACAAUAACCGAAGAGCAGUUAUUAUCCAACUGGGGUACAAAUGUAGAAAUAGACUAUCAAAAAUUCUCGCGACAGUCCGCUAUCUGCAAUCGGGAUAAAUACGGAAACGGGCAAGGGAAGAUAACUUCCCCAAAACAAUUGGUCACAUGUUCUACACCAUUACCACAACAACAUCGGCCAGCGAUGAAGUCAAUAGAUAAACUACCCGAAAAAACGCAAAGGUUUAAUGACAGGAGAAUUUGGACUAAGAGGGAGACCAGAGCAUUUCUGAAGACAUAUAUUUCGAGAAAGAGAGAAUUCAGAAAAGUAAGAAAAAAGAAGUUUGUUAUGCAGAAUGUACUACAAGACUUGCAAAGAAAAGGCGUUUUGAGUCAGAAUACAACGGUAGAUAUGCUCUCAACAAAAUUGAAAAACUUGGGGAGAGCAUACAAGCAAGCCAUCGAAAAUAGCAGACGAACGAAUACUCCCGUGAUAGCUCCGUUUGGGAGUUUGAUGGAAGAAAUUUAUAAAGAUUACUCAAUCACUUGCAAUAAUCACACAAUAUCCAAGAAACAUCAAAAUAUUGUAAAAAAAUCACAAACAGCUGACAAGAGAAUAUGGACUAACGAAGAGACCGAGGCAUUUUUACAUGCCUACAUUUCAAGAAAGGAGGAAUUUCGGAAUGUGCGUAAAAAGAAAUUUGCUAUGCAGAAUGUUUUGUCUGAUUUGGAAAGCCAAGGUGUUUUGAGCCAGACCACAACAGUGGACAUGCUCUCAACAAAAUUUAGAAACUUGGUUAAAGCAUACAGGAUAAGUAUUGGCAAUACUAAACGAAAGGCUGCCGUUCCCUGUAUAGCUCCGUUUACGGAUUUGAUGGAUGAAAUAUUUUCGAAUAAUGCUCGUAUAUCCAAAGCCCACUCCGUUAUGUGUGGGCAAUCGCCGAACAAUACGACCUCAUUAAAUAAAAUUAGCCAAACUUAUUUCCGUCUGGCGGCAGGAUCAGAAGAGAAACAUUGCCAAGAUAUGCAAAUAUUUAGUGACAAGCGAUUUUGGACUAUUGGUGAGACCGAGGCAUUCUUAUGUGCAUAUAUUUCUAGAAAGGAUGAGUUUCUGCAUGUUCGUAAAAAGAAGUUUGCAAUGCAGAAUGUGUUACUUGACUUGGAGAGCCAAGGAGUUUUGAGACAACCUACAACUGUACAUAUGCUCCAAACAAAAUUGAAAAAUUUAGCCAGAACUUACAAGCAAAGCGUCGAGAAUAAAGUGCGUGACAGUGAUAGUUGUAGUGGGCCAUGUGCUGAUUUGAUGGAGGAAGUAUUUGGAGGGAAUCAAAUUGCCACCAACGAACACAUUAUUUACUUGUAUGGUCAACCAUUGAGCAAUACAUCCAUAGUAGAUGAGGAGGAGUCAUAGGUCAAUUGUUUUAUAUACUCCGUGAAAACAACAACAACAUAUACAAGACAUAUAAUAUUAGAAAAAGAAAAAAUAAUUAGCUGAAGAACUAGACAAAGUAACGCCACGCUUGAAUUAUAUGUACUUGAUGGUUGUUGUUAUGUAGUAAUUAUAUCAUGUAAGGUUUCAACGUGGUAUUUUCCUCAUUUACCGUUAAAAAUUAAAAUUUGGAUAAUUUUUUUUAUUCCCUUUGUAAUUCCGAAAAUUUUAAUUAAAAAUAAUUUUUAAACUUUUAGUCCUAAAUAUCGUAUUUAAAAUUAAAAAAAAAUUAAUCCCAAAUAUGGUACUAAAAUUAAUUGGAUUAAAACUUUAUUUUUAAUUUGAAUCCAAACUACUGAAUUGAAAAAUAUUAAGUAAUAUAAUUAGUAAUUAAAAAAAUAUUCCAAUUUUUGAAUAAUUAAUUAAUUUCUAAUUCCAAUGUUAGGAAUUUUUUAUUUAAAAAUUAAAUUUUUAAUCCCGAUAUUGGGGAUAUUUUUUUUUAAUUUUAAAUUUUCUCUUUUUAAUCCCAACGCAAACCCGAUUCAAAAUCCCAAUACGAACAUCGGAAUUAAGAAUUGAAAUUUGAAUUUUGAAUCCAAUUCUAUCCAAUCUAAUUUUUAGUCAAAAAUAUUUGAAUUAAAAAAUUCGCAAAGCUAAUUUUAGAAAGCGUCAAAUAUUUCAUUUUUCAUAAUAUAUGAAAAUUUCACCGAAAUUAGGUUACCUAACUAAUAGUACUUAUGUUUUUAUGAUUAAGGUGAAUACUCUUGAUAAUAUGUACUUUCAAUUUAAGUUUUUGGUGUAAACUUCUUUUUUGUUUACAUUUAAGUUUUUAUUGCCAAUUUACCUGAUUGUUCUGUGAAAAUUGAUCUUGAUACAGAGUUUUAUAAGCGGACAGCUAAUUUAACACCAAUGAAAAUGUACCGCUCAAAUUUUGCUAAAUUUUCUGCUAUUGCUAUUAAAUUUCUGUGCACAACUUUA